UGGAGAGUUAGCAGCUGGCCUUGAUAUUACAAACUUGGUCACUUUCCCAAAUAGAUCAUACAUCAGAGUCAAAGUGGGAAGGCUGGAUCCUCAGGCCCCUCCGGGCAAAGAGCUCACCAUUAAUGAGGACCAAAUCAAAUGGCACAGAGCCUUCACUCAGGUAUGGAAAAAAUGGCACAGACCCUGGUUUUCCACAGAAUGGGAUGCAACAAAAGCAUUUCAGGCAUUAAUAAUUUUGAAAUUUAUUAUUUAAUAUAGCUUAUUUUUCAUAUAUAGUUUUCAUAUCUAGAUGGAUAGUGCUUUAAUGGAGAGAUUCUCUUUUUGAAAGAGUGACUUUUCCUGUAUGUUUGCACCUUCAGCCUCUGAGGCCGUGCAUGUUGGCCUUCAGUUUUGCUAAUGGCACUUUUCUUUGUACAUAGUAUUACAUUGCAUGUGAUACUGACAUUCCCUUUUUGUUUAUUGCAUGUAAAUAAGCCAUCCAGGAGAAAAUAUUGUCCUUUAAGAAACGCUGUAAGGUCUAUCAGUACAAAAACAAAUGAGCCACAAUAUCAAAAUGAGCAACAUGCGCAGAAGACAUCUCCCACUAAGAAGGAGCAAUGGCUAUCAGGGAGUCCAGCAUCAUCCAGCAUUCUUGUUUAUGAAAUCCAUGAAGCAGUUCUCCAGUCAGUGGAAUUAGAUUAAAUACUAAGCUGGCUGUAUCAGUAUUUGGGUUGAGAAUGAACAUCAUAAUUUUCUUGAUUUUGUAUGAAGAAGGUUCAGGAUAUAUACACCUAGGAGUGGUUGUAGCUGGUAAAUAGGUCUAAGGUGGGUGGAGGACUCCUAGCUAGCACUCAAAAAUACUUCAGACUCUAGUGAUGAGUAAGAAUCAGGGAGUGCUCCCAGAUCUCUUGCUUCAAAGGGAAUGCAACCCCUCACAGAACAAGGCAGACGUAGGAACCACCCAGCCAAAGCAUUUCUCUAUGUUAAGGAUUUAGCCCCCAUCCCAUCCAUGACUCACUCCAGAAACCUGUCAAACAAUUUCAGCACCACCUUUCAUUCUAAUUAAAUGGAAAGGUAGAACUGCAUAUCAUCAGCAUACAGAUGAUGACAUGUGCCAGAUCUUAGCAUAUUAUUCCUAAGAGUUUCAUACAGGUGAUAAAUACCAUAGGAGGCAGAAUGGGGCCUAACAGGACACCACAACCUAAAAGUCAUGGGAUAAUUUGCAUGUAGUGACCCUGCAGGUAGGAGCAGAACUACUAUAAUGGGUUACCUUAAAUUCCUUGAACCACCACAAAAGGAACACCAUGUGAACUCCUGUUUAAUCACCUGAAAUUGGAUAUUUGAAAAAUUCCCCAAAACAAUCUCUUAAUAUUAAACUUUCCCUAUCUCUUUGGAUAGGUGCCACCGCUUUCUCUAUGUAAUGCCAACUGCCAUCCUGGUUACGGGAAGAAAAAGAAGGAGGGGGAGAAGUUUUGCUGCUAUGAUUGUGAUCCAUGUCCAGAAGGAAUGAUUUCAAAUGAGAAAGGUUAGAGAUGACAUCUUAAGAUAAUGCAGAACCUCUGGGCUCCUGGCAAUUUUGUUUACAUUAAACUGCUGCAGGAGAGAAGGCUUGAAUUAACAGAUGUGUUUUUCUCAUUGAUUAUAGAUAACAUCAAUAUGUUUUAAUCUUUAAAACACCUUGAAGAUUUCUUUUUUACGUAGAAACUAAUAUAUUUUACCUCCAACUUCUAGAAAAUUUGGGUGGACUAGGUGUUUUCUCCUCUAAGAAUUAGGUUGUUUAACAAAAGCAUUUGGGCUUGAAGGUCUUAUACAUUCUGACCUGGUAAACACUAUGCUAAAUGGAUGAGUGAUGAGGAAAUUUAUAAGAAUACUUUUGAUUACUUCAAAUUGUCAUGCAUUCUUUGUUUGUUUUCAGACAUGGAAACAUGUGUCAGUUGCCCAGCAGAUCAGUAUCCAAACAGCGGCCAGGAUCUAUGCAUUUCUAAGAUUCCAAACUUCCUAGCCUUUGAUGAAACCUUGGCCAUUUUUUCAUCUUCCUCUGCACUUUUAUUCACUCUAAUCACAAUUCUGGUGCUCAGCAUCUUCAUUAAGCAUCGCAAUACAGCCAUAGUCAAAGCCAAUAACAGAAGCCUCACCUAUGGUCUCCUUAUCUCCCUCCUCUUGUGUUUCCUCUCUUCUUUGCUGUUUAUCGGAAAACCUAAUAUGGUGACUUGCCUUCUCCGACAAACUGCUUUUGGCAUUGUCUUCUCUGUGGCCCUCUCCAGCAUCUUAGCCAAAACCAUAUUGGUGGUUUUGGCAUUCAUGGCUACCAAACCAGGAUCCAAUAUGAGGAAAUGGGUAGGCAAAGAACUGGCUUAUUCCAUUGUCUUUUCCUGCUCCAUUGUCCAAGUAGGGAUCUGUGUCCUCUGGCUGGCAACCUCUCCCCCAUUCCCAGAUGUGGACAUGCACUCAAUGACUGAAGAAAUGAUAUUUCUUUGUAAUGAAGGGUCAGUCUCCAUGUUCUAUUGUGUUUUGGGCUACAUGGGCUUCCUGGCCACUAUCAGCUUCACGGUGGCCUUCCUAGCCAGGAAGUUGCCUGACACUUUCAACGAAGCCAAGUUCAUCACCUUCAGCAUGCUGGUCUUCUGCAGUGUUUGGCUCUCCUUCAUUCCAACCUACCUGAGCACCAGAGGAAAAUACAUGGUGGCUGUGGAGAUCUUCUCCAUCUUUGCUUCUGGUGCUGGGUUGCUGGUUUGCAUAUUUUCCCCUAAAUGCUACAUUAUUGUGGUGAGGCCUGACCUGAACAACAAAGAGCAGCUAACCCAAAGAAAGGUAUAAAUGGCAGUGGAAUUUGUGGUUCUGUUGGGUCUUAGAAUACAUGGACUUGCUGGCGGGUAUCACUUUCCGAGUUCCUUCUCUGGAUCUUUGUCGAGUUUGCUCCUUAACUGUUUGUCUGCCAAAGUGUCCCAAAGUCAAUGGGUACAGAUUUUUCCUCAGGUUCUACUCCCAAAGCCUUUUUCACAAAUGAGUAAUGCUGUAGUGCAGUGGAGGUUUAGGUUCAAAAUUUCUUUCUCCUAGGUGGGCUCCCUUCCUAGAUUUAUGAGACCCAUCUGCCCCUCAUUUUCCUCUUCAGCACCUGCAGUAGCCACCUUUUUGAACAAUGGGCCCACUUUUGCUCUCAUCUGCUAUAUCCUGUCUUUGCUUGCAGAGAAAUUCCAUAACUCACUGAGUAUUUGAGGCCCAUUGGCUGCCCUCACCUGGUUUAGGGAGCCAGUUGAAUCUGUUUCGUGGGAAGUGGCUGCUGUUGCAAGCAGACAACUUCUAGGAGCCACAGGUGAGAACUGAGCGCAGGGUGGGCGUCAGUGGUAGACAAACUACCCCAGAAGGAGCACGACUUGUUCCCCGCUAGAGUUACUACCCCUUCAUACAUCCCUGUCAUACAUCCAUACAUCCCUGUCAUGUAUUACUGUAUAUUUAAAGCAAAUGGAAUCUUAAUAGCAAAACUCUAAGCCUUUUCAUUUAGAAAUGGAUAAUUUCAGUUGUUCAGUGUUGUACAUGU